AGGAGGAGGCUUUGGAGGAGGAGGACGGGUCGCGCUCCUCGGAGCCUGCGCUCUGCACGGUGCCACCGGUCCUCCGGGAUCCCUUCCAGAAAAGCAAGAGCUGGACUGGCCAUUAUGGAAGAAGAGGGACAGCAGCAUUCACACUGUGUGAAUUGUGUCAGUAGACGGUGUAUGACCAGACCAGAGCCUGGGAUUUCCUGUGACUUGAUUGGUUGUCCAUUGGUUUGUGGAGCAGUUUUCCAUUCUUGUAAAGCUGAUGAACAUCGACUCUUGUGUCCCUUUGAACGAGUACCUUGCUUAAAUAGUAACUUUGGAUGUCCAUUUACCAUGGCACGAAAUAAAGUUGCUGAACAUCUAGAAAUGUGUCCUGCAAGUGUGGUGUGCUGUACUAUGGAAUGGAACCGAUGGCCAGUUAGUUAUGCAGACCGGAAAUCAUAUGAAAAUCUAAGCAGAGAUGUUGAUGAAGUGGCACAAUUAGACAUGGCCUUGGCUCUUCAAGAUCAAAGAAUGCUUUUGGAAUCUCUCAAAGUUGCCACCAUGAUGUCAAAAGCAACUGAUAAAAUACCUGAACCUAGAGAACAAAUUUCAGUGAAAUCAAGUGUUCAGGAAAUGCCAUGUACUAAUGGGUUGGUAUCUGUUGAUGAAGAAUCAUACGGUGCACUUUAUCAAGCUACUGUAGAAACAACCAGAAGUUUGGCUGCUGCUUUAGAUAUCCUGAAUUCUGCCACAAGAGACAUUGGCAUGUUAAAUACAAGUCUUCAUGCUACCACAAAUGAAAUGGAUGAGAAUAACAGAGAAAGUUUCCAGGAAAGUAACUUAAAAGACCAGGACCACCUUCAUGAGGAUGAGGUAGGGGCAGUAGGUGGAGCUGACCUUAAUGGCACAAGUCAGAAUGCUCAGUCUGAACACAAUGGUUCAAGUGAUUUACUAUGCGACUUAAAUACAAGCUCUUUUGGUACUUCUGCUCUUUGUAAUGGCUUCCCUUUGGAAAAUAUGUGUUCACAGGUCAAAGACCAGAAUCAAAAUUCUCCUAGUGAUUCCAUAGACAGUAACAUAGAAAAUGGAGACUGUGCAGCAGCAGAUGGUACUUUAGAACCUUCCAGUUCACUUUUAGUAGCAGCACAACUUAGGGAAAUAAUUCCUUUCAGUGCUUUGCCCGAUAGCACAUUUCAACAUAUCCUCAUGCCAGAUGAAGAUGAGGAGGAGGACUUGCAUUGGAAAAAGGGAGACUUAGGGGACUUGAAGGACAUUAAUAACCCACCUUUCAGUCAUGCUCCUUCAUUCAAGUUUCUUUCUAAUUCAUGGUAUAUACCAAAGGAAGACAAAGCAGUCGAUACAUCAGAUUUAGAAGUUGCAGAAGAUCCCAUGGACCUCCAAGGAAUCGAUCUGAUUACUGCAGCAUUACUCUUUUGUCUGGGAGAUUCUCCAGGUGGGAGGGGUAUAUCUGAUAGCCGCAUGGUUGAUGUUUAUCACAUUGACUUUGGGACACAGACGUUUUCACUUCCAUCUGCAAUAUUAGCUACGAAUACAAUGGUUGGUGAGAUAGCCUCAGCUUCAGCGUGUGAUCAUGCCAAUCCACAGCUUUCAAAUCCAAGUCCUUUUCAGACACUUGGGCUGGAUCUAGUUUUGGAAUGUGUUGCUAGGUACCAGCCAAAGCAGCGUUCAAUGUUUACCUUUGUAUGUGGACAGUUAUUUAGAAGAAAAGAAUUUUCUUCCCAUUUUAAGAAUGUACAUGGUGACAUCCAUGCUGGACUCAAUGGAUGGAUGGAACAGAGGUGUCCUUUGGCUUAUUAUGGUUGUACCUAUUCUCAGCGUAGAUUUUGUCCAUCAACACAAGGAGCAAAGAUUAUACAUGACCGCCACUUAAGGUCAUUUGGAGUUCAGCCAUGUGUAUCUACAGUAUUAGAAGAGCCUUCGAGAAACUGUGUGUUGGGAUUACGUAGUGACCAUCUAAGUAGUCUCCCAUUUGAGGUACUGCAGCAUAUUGCAGGCUUUCUUGAUGGCUUCAGUUUAUGCCAGCUGUCCUGUGUAUCCAGGCUAAUGAGGGAUGUGUGUGGCAGUCUACUUCAGUCUCGUGGAAUGGUAAUAUUGCAGUGGGGGAAAAAGAAGUAUCCAGAAGGAAAUUCAUCAUGGCAGAUAAAGGAAAAGGUAUGGAGAUUCAGUACUGCAUUUUGUUCUGUUAAUGAAUGGAAAUUUGCUGACAUCCUAAGCAUGGCUGACCACUUGAAGAAUUGCAGUUACAAUGUCAUAGAGAAACGAGAGGAAGCAAUCCCAUUGCCAUGUAUGUGUGUGACUCGCGAACUCACUAAAGAAGGACGUUCACUGCGCUCAGUUUUAAAACCCGUACUUUAAAAACUGUAUUUAUUUACACAUAUAUGCAAGCACCUGGUAUGAGUUUUGUAAUAUAUGACACUUUAUUAAUGUAUUAAAGACUACAACUAGCUCAAUUUAUUGUCACUAUGUACAUACUGUUUUGCAGUGACAUAUAUUUUUAUAAUGUACUGUUAAUUGGGGGAAAAGUUGCCUUAAUAUUUGAAGUGUGUGAAAUUGUUGGAACAUUGCUAGACAGGGUAAUCUAGUCUUUAUCUGCAUAAUUUUUUAAAUUAGUAAUUUUAAUGAUGUGCAUAUUUAAGUUCUGAAAAUUUUUGCUUCUCAAACUAAUAAGAACUUGACCAAAAAAUUAAUUUUUUAUGUUUUCUGUGGGUUGGAGCCCAUAUUAUCAAAAAGCAAAACUUUGAUUCAAAUUUUUCCUGCAUACAUUUUUUUUCACAGAACACAUUCAGUUGUUUAAACACUGCCAUAAGAUUGCUAUCAAGUUUUCUGAUAUUUUUCUAAUUAUUGAUCAUACAUGAUCUCCAGUACUUACAUAAAGGCACAAUAAUGACUUCAUGCUUUCAAAACAACUCAUAAAAAUUGUUUUCAUCCUCUUUUCUUUACUACUCUUGUGCUGAAAAUGAUCCUAUGCAGUUCUUUUUCACUAAAUUCCAUAACUGAUGAGUCAUGGCACGAUUACUAUAUGACAGAUUGAAGUAAAAACAAAGUAAGCCUAUGAAUUUAACUUGAAAUUUUUCAUGGUGUUUCAUAUUUUCCUAGGUAUCUAAUGUUUGAAAAGAAAUAUACCUCACUAUAAGUUUGAAUUUGGCAUAUUGUUUGAAUAAACUUCAAAUAUUCAGAAUUCAAAGGGUUUGACUUUUUGAGGGGCUUUUAAAAUGUUCGUAUAAUGAACUAUAUGUCUAUAAAAAUACACUGGCAUUGUUUUAAGACAUUUAAAAAUGUGAAAUUUCAAAGUGUUUAUAAAUUAACAUCGAGCAGAAACCUGUCUUGGUUGAUAAUCUUUUUGAAACAUUUCCACGGUUAUGCUUCAUAUUUCCCUGUCAGGAUGUAAGAGUUGUGUCUUUUUGUAAAAAUCAAGUGUGGUAAUGAAAUAGUCAUGAGUCAACAGUUUUGAAAUUGAUUUAUACCAUAUUCACUUAACGUGCUUCUUUUAAAGAAAUGAGAAUACAGUGUCAAUAUGUGGAAGUAAAUUCCAGAGGCAGAGACAAAAGUUACUUAUCCACAUAAGUUCUGGCACUGGUGAGCUGAAAUGGCUAGUGAUGCUGAAAAUCAGCUGGGUCUUCUUUCUAUGUUAUUUUUGAAGUCCUUUGUGGUUACUGGUUCCUGUUUCCAGAUGUGGUAGUCAGACUGGGGAGCGGUGUCCUUGGCUAUUGAAGAUGGUAUCUCAGCUACUUGGGAUUUGUCAGCAGCCUCAAGGCCUGGUUAGAGUUGAGAGUGGAGCAGGAAAGACUAGUUACCGGUUUCUCACUUGCCCUUUAACCCAGGUGCUUCAACUUUCAACUGGGAGACUGAAUUGUAUUAAAAAACAAACAAGAACAAUAAUAAUAAAAAAAAAAAAACCUUUUGUUUCUGCCAAAAGGUGGAAAUAGAAAUCAAAUAUGACAGAAUAUAACUUUGCUUUUUAAAUAUUUUUCUGAAGAAUGUGUCUAUAGUCAAGUAACAUAAGCAUUAACCUUCUGUUUGUAUUUUUUAAAAAUUCAUGGCUUAUAAAUUUCAAUCUCAUUCCACACUGAGAUAAUUUACAUUUUUCACCUUUUCCACUGAAUGAAAUGGAUAUUUUAAUAAUAACAUAUGUACAUGAAAACUUUCUAUCUACUUUUAUUUUGUUCAAAUAAAUAUUUUUUACAAUUUAUUAUGGGUGAAAAAUGAUAGUCCAGAACUGACAAAUCUUAUUUGAGUUCAGCAUAAUUCAGCUGUUUUUCUUAAGCUAUUGUUGCAGUUUUAGAUACCUAGAAGUAUCUGUUUACUAAAACUUGAGUCUUACAACUAGAGACAGGGGGACAGUAUGGAACUUUACAUGAAACUGCAUAGAAAAAUAUCCCUCAUUCUUCAUGGUAGUUAAUAUUUAAUUGCUGUUGAUGUCACCGCAUUUUAGCCAUCAGUCCUUCAUGUGGAAGCAACUUGAGGAGACACAGGGACUGAAAGUUCAAAUAUUUGCUUACUGAAACAAUUUUAGUACUAAUAAAUAAAAUCCUAAAAAAUAAAAUGACUGCAAUUUACAAAAAAAAAAAAAAAAAUGACCUGAACAGUGUGGUAAGUAAAGUAACAAUGGUAAAUUCUUAAUUAAGAAAAUACUAAGAAUUUAGAUGAAAACAAAAGUUGAACAUUUGGGUUUACAGGUAAUUUAACAUCAUAAAAAGUGUUCUUCUCUGAUUGUUUGAUGAACUUGUUGCUUGAGUACUCCAAAGUACUGCAAACUAUGGCCACUAAAAAUCACGUAGAAGCUAGCCCAAAGCUUUUCCAAGUUUUCUUGUAAUCAUAGGCAUUUUCUCCUAAAUGUAGUAAAGAUGCGGCCUUUAAAAGAAAAUUAAAAUGUAUCAGAUCAGUUAUUUAUUAAAUUAAGAAAAGACUAUUUCUUAAAAAUGAGAGCUCCGGGAACUUUUAAAAUGUAUACAAUUUGUUGUCUUUAUCAAUGCGUUAUUGUGUGUUUAACUUAAAAUGAGUAAGUUAACUAAACAACUUAGUACUUCACCAAAGUAAAAGCAAGAAUUCUAUCAGAAACCGGAAACCCAAAGAAAAACUGGAAUGACUGACGAACUCUGAGCCAGGAACUGUCCAGACUUAGCAAUACACCGGGACGUGGACAUUGAUGGUAGAAUGUUAGAUGCUAGAUGUUAGGAUUUUGAGUUCCAGCCUAUGUCUAAAGCUUGGCAAAGUUAGGGAUGUGGCCAGUAGUGUGCCUGGUCAUCUGUUAGGCUUUGUUUCCUUAGAAUGCUUCUCACUGGCCACAUCUUUGCCUGCCUUCGAUUUUUGUUACUAUGUGAUAAUGAGUUUGUACUUUCUAAUCUUUCCAGAUAUGCUCAUAUUUUUCUGUUUCUAUCUUAUUUGACUAUUCCUGAAUUGUUUUUUAGUGCUCUGAUUGCAGAUAUGAAAUUGGGGAGUUCCUGCCAGACUUAUGACGAAAGGAUGAUUUUUCUCUCCUAUUCUAGAAAGGUUCUUGUCAUUCAAAGAUUGUUGGUCAGCCCCAAGUUGAGGUCACCAAAUUUUCUUGUAGAAGAAAACAUCUAUUGGGUCCCAAGUACCUGCAAAAAUUACAAGGGCACUUGGGCAUGUCUUCUGCUCAGUGUUUUUAGUAAAGAUGCAUUGUGCAGGUUGGGGAUUUAGCUCAGUGGUAGAGUG